AUGGCAUCACCACAAGAGUUCGUCGGCACGGGUGCUGGUCCACGAAAGAAGUCAAAUGCAGCGACAGAAAAGCGGAAGCUGCGCAACCGACUUUCUCAGCAAGCAUUUCGCGCGCGGCAGAGUCUGGAAAUCAACGAGCUCAAGCAGCAGCUGGCCCUGUUCUCCGGUUCAGAGAGUGAUCGCAACAGCAGGCUGGUGGAAGAGAAUCGAAGACUAAGACAGCAACUAUGGCAGUCCGAGAAGAAGCUUCGAAGUCUUCAAGCAACGCUGAAGGGCAUCAUCGAUACCAUGGUGGAGAGCAGGGAGAACAACUUUGUGAUCCUUUUGAGUCUAAUGAAAAGCCAUAAUAAGGACGCACAUACAAGCAGGCUCGACGAGGACGAUGAAGGCCUGGAUCCGUGGACGGCCCCAGUCGACGUGCCGUCUGGCCUCGCUGACGUCGAACCCCCGUCCGCGCCUCUCAACACGAUCUCGGACCCAAAUGCAUGCCCUGGCUCGGGCUCUGCCAUCUCUUCAUCCAACGAAACACCCACCCCAGAAAUAUAUGCAUCAGAGCCGCACGUGGCGAUCUCGUCAAACGACGAGUCUCUGAGAGAGGAUGUCGACUGGGAUGUCGGUCAGGGGGUUCUAGCAUUAUCUACCACUCCGUCGGUACGACACAAUCCUCAACCGUCGGUCACAUUCCCUCUCUAUCGCAGCUUGCAGGUGAUGGCGCGCUCCAACUACUCGGAACAUAUUCAUGCCUAUGAGAUGUGCGCUGUGACGGGCUACCUGGGCAACAGACGAAACCCCGACCUGGGCAGUCUCAAUCACAUGGUGUCAAGCCUCGUCUCCGCCUUUAUCAAGAUCGCCUGGGGCGGCAUGGAAUCCUGGAUCCAAUGGACCAACGGAAAGGACACGCUCACGAAACUUGCGGCGUGGCGGAUAUCACCUGGGCCCGAAACAUUUGCGGCCAUACCGCCCUCGAUGCAGCCCACUCCGCUUCAGACGGCGGUGCCCCAUCCGCCUGUCAUUGACUGGUGUGUCUUCUCUUUUCUGAGGGACAAGCUGAUUCAAUACCACUGCGCCGAUCCGGCCUUGGACGAGAUCUGCGGCGACAUCGGCCUGGCGUACGUCGUGCAGGCAGACCUGUCUGAGUUCGUGCUGGGCGCCGAGCCCCUGAUGGUUUACUUCAACAUCCACGACAUCAUCUUCGGCAUGGAGACGAACCCGACAUGGCUGAACGACGGCGACAAUCCCAACACCACCUCCACCGCCAUCAUCGGUCCCAAGCUCCAAGUCAAGUUGCCAGCUCCAGACCUCUACACCCUGCUGCACACCAGGGAGUACGCGCACGAGAUGUAUCGCCGUCUCAAGAUCGGCCAGGGCGUCGGAGAGUACCUCCUCGACCCAAGCCUGUUCGUCAAGUAUCCGCACCUCUACGAGCCGAAUGUCAAAAUCGCCCAGGGCGUGCCGCUCCGGUCACGCAAUAAGAUCUCCUGGCCCUCACCUCGGCCCCUGGACGACGUCGCCAUGAGCUGGUACCGCAGGUGUGCGUCGUAUCAGGACGGUCAAGCACCUACUGCUGCUACUUAUCGACAGCUUCUGGAAUAG